AUUGCUCAGACGUUUUUGAAUGAAUAAUAAUAAACAUAAAUAAAUGUGUUAGUUUGUGUGGAAAUAUUUUGAUUAUUUAUUCGUUGAAAGUUUAUAUGUAAUAACAAACAAAAUGCCUGCAUCUAUAGGCGUAAACCUGCGUGUUACAGGACAUUGUCGCCAAGGAGGCAGGAAAUAUAUGGAGGAUUUCUUUUCAGUUGCAUAUCAGCAAACAGAAGAUGAGAAAGACUUGGAGUAUGCAUUUUUUGGUAUAUACGAUGGUCAUGGGGGUGCAGAGGCAGCAGCCUUCGCUAAGGAGCACCUAAUGGAAACCAUCAUAAAGCACAAAAACUUUUGGUCUGAUGAUGAUGAAGAUGUUCUAAGAGCUAUCAAAGAUGGUUAUAUGGCAACACAUUAUGCGAUGUGGAGAGAACAAGAAAAGUGGCCACGAACAGCAUCUGGUCUACCUAGUACAGCAGGGACUACUGCAAGUGUAGCAUUUAUCAGAAGGGGUAAAAUAUAUAUUGGUCAUGUUGGUGAUUCUGGUAUCACUUUAGGAUAUCAAGAACCUGGCAGUACGGAAUGGAAAGCUAAAGCCCUGACUAAAGAUCACAAGCCUGAAAAUUCAGAUGAGUUAGCUCGUAUUAAGAACUGUGGAGGAAAUGUUGUGACAAAGUCUGGUGUUCCGAGAGUGGUGUGGAACAGGCCGAAGCUGGGCCACCAGGGCCCCGUUCGUCGGUCGACGCCCAUCGACGAGAUCCCCUUUCUGGCCGUGGCUCGCAGCCUCGGCGAUCUCUGGUCCUACAACUACCAGAGCAACAGCUUCAUAGUGUCGCCUGAUCCUGAUUGUUGCGUGCUCAAGAUCGACACGGAUGUGCAUCGGUGUUUGGUGUUCGGUACCGACGGCCUUUACAAUAUGCUCAGCACUUCAAUGGCGGUCCACAUCGUUCAGCAAGUGGAGAGGCACAACGAGAACGCCGCUCUCAGCGACUCGACGUACAAAACAUGGUUGAAUCCCAGCAAACUGCUGGUCGAGAAGGCGUUAGAUAGGUGGCACACCACCAAGAUGCGAGCCGACAACACCUCCGUAGUGACCUUGAUGCUGGAUCCUCCGGGGCCGCCCAGAGCUCAAGUGUUGAAGGAUAGGAAGAAGAAUUUACCUGAACGAGGCUUGAAAAUAAUGACCCGGUUCGAUGACACCACGCCUCAGGAAAGCAUAAGCGACGAUUGUGAUAACGCCUCCGCGCCUGGCGAGACCGCCUCUCGUGGCCCCUCCCCCAGAACGACCUUGGAACCCAAACCAACCACGCCCUAUCCCUUCGCCACGCCCACUCCCUUGACCACGCCCACAUCAUUGGCCACGCCCGCGCCAAUGACCACGCCUACGCUUCUCGCCUCUCCUACCGACUGCGCCGAGGACGAGAACAAGAGCGAGUUUCCUGCCACCGAGUCGGCUCCGGAGAUCACGUCGGUGUCUUCAAGUGACCUUACCGCCAUUUCUCCUCUCAAAGAGAGGAAUUUUUUACCGAAAGCCAGAGAGAGCACCAGCUUCGAUCCGAGGGAGUUGACGCCGAAACCGUCGGACGUGAUCGAAAAGGAGAACCAGAAGACGCUCGAACACCGUCCGGACGACACGAUCCAGUGCAACGAGGUGUCGUCCAGCAACAUCGAACCGGACAGCGUCGACAAAGAGGAGUCUGCGGAAAGUUCGGGCAAAACUGCGAAGAGGAGUUUGCGCAGCGGGACGAAAGAGAAGGCGGCGGAGCUUGUUCCUGCGCGGACCAAAACGAGCAAAGAACAGGAAAAACCAAAGAUUUCUAAGAGAAAAAUCGAGCUGGAACAGAGCAUCCCACAACCCAGGAAAAGUAUAAGGAUAGACAAUAAUUCCAAGAAAACCGAAGAGGUGGAAGGGAAAGACAGGAAGGCCUUCCAGGCCGAAGAAAAAUUGAAGCGGCUAGCCAAAAAGGCAGACCUCGCCAAACAGCAAAUUGCCAACCCGCCCAAACCGAGCCUCGCCCAAAAAAUACUGAGAGGAGUCAAAGAGGACGCCAAGAAAAAGAGCGGCGUUCUCAAUAAACCCAUUGCCAAGAAAAAGAUACAGGGCGUACUGCACAAGAUGAAGAAGAAAUCGUCAUUGUUGAAAACUCGCAGAGUGAAGACAAAAGACGAGAAGAAAACGCUGGAGAAAAUUUUGAAGGCACAGAAGGCUCCCAAAGUGGCAUUUCAAAGAUACGUGAGCAAAAAUGCUUCUCAACGCCAAAGGAAUUCGAAGAUUCUCCGAAAUACUCUCACUAAUAAAUCUGCGAAUGAAAGCAAAAUUGCCGAAGCGAAGGAGCGAAAAACAGUGACAAAGAACCCUGUUGUGGAUACUAAAACGCCGAGACGUGGUAAAGCUGGUAGUUCAAAUGUACCAGAAAAAGAAAAUGUGAAGAAAACUCCGAGGAACACCGAGAAAAUGCUCAAAGUUGGUUCUUCUAUGCCUUCAUCGGUUACGGCAACAAUAAGCAUGCCAAUCCCUGAAGAAUCUUCAAAAUCAAAGACCUUGAGAGGAAGGUUACAGCAGAAAACGGAAAGUUUGAAGAAAAAUGUGAUGCGUAAGAAAUAAGGUGAUAGUUUGAAGAAACUAUAAAAAUCAACUAUUUUCUUGUACAUUUUUAUAUUAAUUUUAAUUAAUCAAAUAAUUGAUACGGUCAUCGGGGCGAUUUUUCUUUUCACCGAAUUAUUACAAAUGUUUUUGCAUUCAUGUUUUGUUGUCUUGAAAAAUGUUUAGGUAUCUUUAGUUCCAUAUGAAUAUUUAAUUUGUGUAGGAGUAUUCUUUAUUUUGAAUAUUUUCUGUUUGUUUAGUCAUAAACCAUCAGUACCUUCAGUUGAUUUUAGUUUAUAAGGGUUUUCUUACAAUUUGGUAACCUUAUACCAACUCAUGUGUUAUUUUUAAUUCAUUUUUCGUAGAUUCCAAUAUCACAUAUCUAUUGAGAAACUUCUCAAUUAUAUAAAUUCAAUAUUGUCUGGGAAUACAAUAAUUUCAAUAAUUUUUAUAUUGUUAUAUUGUCAUCCAAUUGUAGUACACUAUUUUAUCAUUCAGUUUUUAGUAUCUUACAAAAAUUUUGUGCCUUUGUUACCAAAAAUAUUGGAAAAUGUUACAUAUAUGUAAACUUAGGCAGAUGAGAUAUAUUUAUAAGAAAAUUAUUAUUUUCGCAAAAUACAGUUUAUAGUUAUAAAUU